AUGGAUAGCUGUGCAAGCAAUGAUGCAAAUGAUCAGGUUAGCAGUGAUCUCACAUUACUGCAAGAUAGAAUAGAAAAGUUCAAUUUGGGAUCAAGUUGUCAACUUGUCUAUGUUCAAGCCUUUAUCAGAGGGUAUUUGGCUCGUAAACAUAUCAAACAAAACAAACCUAAAUCUAUAGUUCAAAUAGCAACAAAUUUUAAAGCUUUCAAAGCUUACUUUGGUGCAAAGAUCUGUGACGAAAUCUAUCAGGAGCUUGAAGAUAACGGAAUGUACUUUAAAGCUGAAGAUAUAGGGCCCUCUUGAAUCAAGCCCACGAAAGCUGGAGUAGAUGAGACAUAUUUGGGAGAAAUUAACGAGAAAAGAAUUCCUAAUGGGCGUGGCAUUUGAAUUUGCAUGGAAGAAGACUCCAAAUAUAUUUAUGAAGGCGACUGGUAUGAUGGCGAGCAUCAUGGCAAAGGAAGAAAGAUAAAUAACCUUGGCUUGCUUUAUGUUGGCGACUGAGUUUACGGGAAUAGGCAUGGAAAAGGUUUUAUUCGCUAUCCCAAGGGCAAAUGCUAUGAAGGAGAUUGAAAAGAUGACCGUUGCCAUGGGUUUGGGCACCAAUGGAAUACUCGUAAUAUCCAUUGGGACGGGCAAUUUCAAUUCGACAGACCUCACGGACUUGCUAGAAGCUGAAGUGAUGAAUACUCAUAUUAUGGGUUCUUUAAAUAUUUGAUGCAUCAUGGAAAAGGGUGAAUGGUACUCUCAAAUGGGACACAGUAUAUUGACACCUUUCUUUAUAACUCAGCUAUAGGAAAAGGAACAUUAAAGUACAAAAAUGGAAAUAUCUACAAAGGAUAUGUUGCUAAUUACAAAAAAUCAGGAUUCGGGACUCUUGAAAUAAAAGGAGAAGGCCUAUAUAAAGGCAAGUUUAAAGAUGACAAAGCCGUUGGCGACUUUCUUUUUAUAUCUUAUUCAGGAGAACGCAAAAAACACCACAUUCAAAGGAAAGUACCAGGAGAAAGCCGAAUAAAGGAAGGCGAAGCGGCCCAAGAUGUUGAAGAAUUGAAAAAGAAAGGAAUUCGAAAUAUAGUUCGCGUUUUAUACAAUGAGGAUGUUCAAAAACUUCCUGAUAUAAACUACCAUAUUAUUCCUGUAAAAGAUAGUGAAAAAGAAAAUAUUUCUCAGUAUUUCCCUGAAGCAAUAAAAUUCAUUCACAAUAUAUUACUAUCAAAUGAAAAAGUAUUGGUUCACUGCUAUAAAGGUAUUUCAAGAAGUCCAACAAUUAUUUUAGCCUAUAUAAUUGCAGCUCAAAAAGAGAGCAUAGAAUCAGCUUGAAAUUUAAUUAAACACAAAAGACGAAUCGUGCGCCCGAAUUCUGGCUUUAUAAAACAGUUGAAAGAUUAUGAUUUUAGUCAAAUAGCGCUAUAA